UAUAUAACACUCACAUUUCCACUUUCCCUCCCAUCAAAUUUUAAUUCUCUUCCUCAUUUUCUUCACUCUCAUCUGUCAUUCUUUAUCAAGAUUUUUUUCUUCAUUUAUGCCUUGUUUUUGUUCCUUUCCCACAAACCCAUUUCGCACCACAAGUUCACCCACAAGACCAACUAGCCUAAUCCUGACUUUUUCGAUAAUUCAUUGACUCGAUCAUUGUUUUAAUUGCUUGUCUCCAUCUGGGUUUAGCCCAAAAUUAAUGUUAAUCCAUUUGUUUCUCUCUCUCCUCCAUUGUAUGAUCAGAGUUUUUUCUUAGUUAUCAAAUCUCUUGUUCUCUCCGAACCAACGAAGAAACCCAAGAAUUCUCUUGUUCAAGUGGGAAUUGUAUAUUAUUAUAAUUAGGGGUUAUUUAUAAGUGUGGUGUUUGGUGGUUUUCAUUGGAUUGUUUGAUAAAGAGUGAAGUAGUUGAGAUUUGAUAAAGUCGUUAGUUUAAUGGAGUUGAAAAUGUUUAGUUCAGAGAGACUGUUUUCAAGACCAUUUUUAAGUCAGAGGAACGUUCUUGUCAAGAGCUCUCCACGGUUGUGUUUUUGCACAGGCAUUUCUCCUAAGGUAUCUUAUCUGAGUACUUCAAAUAAAGCCAUUAUUAGCUCAGUUGGCCAAGAAAAUUUUGCUGUAGAGACUUUUCAGUAUCACAUCAAUGGAACAAGUGGUGCCAAUUCAAGUCUGUUUUUCAGAGAAAUGGGAGUACUUGAUGCAUUUGAUGAUGAAUAUGGAGGAGUUAUAGUUAAUCCGGAAAGAUUACCGCCUCACCCAAAAGUCUUUGCCUCUAGACUUCAUUUGUCACUUUCUCACUGGAAAACGAAGGGGAAGAAAGGAGUUUGGCUUAAGUUGCCACUGGAAAGAUCUGAGCUUGUUCCUUUAGCAGUAGACGAAGGAUUCAAGUAUCACCAUGCUGAAAGAGGAUAUGUGAUGCUGACAUACUGGAUUCCUGAAGGACUUUCCAUGCUUCCCGCUAAUGCUUCUCAUCAAGUGGGAGUUGGGGGAUUUGUGAUCAAUGACAAAUAUGAGGUGCUUGUAGUACAAGAGAAGCAUUGUUCUCUAGCACUUGCUGGCCUUUGGAAAAUACCAACUGGUUUCAUUCUUGAGUCAGAGGAGAUAUUUACUGGAGCUGUAAGAGAGGUCAAGGAGGAAACGGGCAUUGAUACCGAAUUUGUGGAAGUCAUAGCUUUCAGGCAUGCUCACAAUGUUGCUUUUGAAAAGUCGGAUUUGUUCUUCAUCUGCAUGUUGAGACCCCUAUCGGCUCAGAUUAUUAUUGAUGACCUUGAAGUUCAAGCCGCAAAGUGGAUGCCUCUAGUUGAGUUUGUCGAGCAGCCGCUGAUCAAAGGGGACUGCAUGUUCAAGAAAGUCACUGACAUUUGCAUUGCACGUCUAGGGAAGCAUUACUGCGGAUUAUCUUCUCAUCAACUGGUUUCCAAAUUUGAUGGCAGACUAUCCUCCUUGUACUAUAAUGUAGUUGAGGACGGAAAUUUCAACUGUCAAAUCAGUUAAAAUUAUUACACGGUAUUGGGUAGACUGAACCUCAUAAGUUAGCUAUUGAGGUGAGGCUCUCCUCAUGUUUAUAUAUUGUACAUUACUUUUUGUACUUUUUUUGAUUUCUUACUUUUUGUACAUAGAUGAUGUGGAAUUUCACUUCGCAUCUUCAUUCACGCACAGUGUGCUCUUCGGUACAAAAAUAAUGUGCAAUAUAUAAGCGGGAGAGCAUUCUUACCUCAAUAACUAGUUUUUGGGGUUAGUCUUACCAAAGACGGUGUAAUAUGAUAUCAAAGCUGGAGCACCCAAGGAUGGAUAGGGAAUGUGUCCCUUUCAUGCAGCAGGUGCUGCCCAGUGAGGAUACUGCACGUAAAGUAGGGUGUGAAGUGAAAUCUUACAUAAUGUGCAGAUAUAAAUGUGAGAGGAUCCUCACUUCAAUAGUUAACUUUUGAAGUCGAAUUGAGGGGAUAUAGAAACAACUCACUCAAGAAGUAACACUCACUUGAUCACAUAUUACAACAGAUCAUUACUUGUAAGUUGUAACUGCAAAUGUCUGUUUUCUUGUACAUUCUUGUAAAUACAGAAUGCAGCUAUUGUAUAUUCUUAUGUUCACAUUUUCUUUUUUUAACUAUUAUAUUCACGUUUAA